AUGAUUAUCCUUGAAUCAAUCUACAGCCACAAUGAUAUCGUGGAUGGAAGGGACAUAACUUUUAACAUCUGGGAUUCACCAUAUUGUCAGGACCUGUCCAGGGAGACCACCCUAUAUGAAAAGAGAGUCCAGUGGGCAGACGGUUUUGUCCUGGUCUACAGCAUCUGUGAUAGGGCCAGCUUCAAUGCUGUUACCAAGCUGAUCCAGUCCAUCAAGGCCACCAAGGACUACCUGGGCAUGGAUAAGGUGCCUGUAGUGAUUGUGGGCAACAAGAAGGACCUGAAUCACAGACGGACAGUCCUCAGUGAGGAGGGCAGACUGCUAGCCCUCACCACAGCCUGCCAGUUCUAUGAGGUUACAGCUGCUGAAAACUACCACAGUAUCCUCAUGGUGUUUCACGGACUAAUAGACAGGAUACGUGCGUCCAAGUCAUCCAUUAAGAGGCCAGCUGGAAUCAAGGGUAUAGUGAAAAGCAUGUCUGCAGUUUUUACCAGGAAACGAACAGAUUCGCUGUGAUACUAUGGCACAGAGAGGAAUACAUUAUACGGUGCAUUUGGAAAAUAUUCAGACCCCUUCACUUUUUAAACAUUUUGUAACGUUACAGCCUUAUUCUAAAAUUUAUGAAAUAUUUUUUUCCCUCAAUCUACACACAAUACCCCAUAAUGACAAAGCAAAACAGAUUUUUAGAAAUGUUUGAAAAUUAAUUAAAAAUUACAAAACAGAAAUACCUUAUUUACAUAAGUAUUCAGACCCUUUGCGAUGAGACUCGAAAUUGAGCUCAGGUGCAUCCUGUUUCCAUUGAUCAUCCUUCAAUUGAUUGGUAGUGCAUGUCAGCGCAAAACCCAAGCCAUGAUGUCAAAGGAAUUGUCUGUAGAGCUCCUAGACAGGAUUGUGUUGAGGCAAAGAUCUGGAGAA